AUGCAAAAGAGAAAUAUCUAUCUAUCUAUCUAUCUAUCUAUCUAUCUAUCUAUCUAUCUAUCUAUAUAUUCUUUCUUUCUUUCUUUCUUUCUUUCUUUCUUUCUUCUCACUACUAAUUCAUUCUCAGCGAUAAAAGGAAUCUUUUUAUUUCUUCCCAGCUUGGUUUUCGUUCUAAAACUCUCUCUCUCUCUCUCUCUCUCUCCCUCCCUCUCUCUCUCUCUCUCUCUCUCUCCUUUACUUUUUCAUUGUCUCAAAUGCAAGGCUAAACAAAAUAAAUUUAUACGAUGUUUUUUUCUUUGUCUCGUCGCCCAAACUGUUUUCUUUCUUCUUUGUCUACCUAUCUUUCUCUUUCUCUCUCUAUCGCGUUAUUCUUCUGUGUCUUUCGCUUUCUCUCUCUAUUCUUCUGUGUCUUUCUCUUUCUCUAUUCUUCUGUGUCUUUCUCUUUCUCUCUCUAUUCUUCUGUCUCUUUCUCUUUCUCUCUCUAUUCUUCUGUCUCUUUCUCUUUCUCUCUCUAUUCUUCUGUGUCUUUCUCUUCCUCUCUCUAUUCUUCUGUGUCUUUCUCUUUCUCUCUCUAUUCUUCUGUCUCUUUCUCUUUCUCUCUCUAUUCUUCUGUGUCUUUCUCUUUCUCUCUCUAUUCUUCUGUGUCUUUCUCUUUCUCUCUCUAUUCUUCUGUCUCUUUCUCUUUCUCUCUCUAUUCUUCUGUCUCUUUCUCUUUCUCUAUUCUUCUGUGUCUUUCUCUUUCUCUCUCUAUUCUUCUGUGUCUUUCUCUUUCUCUAUUCUUCUGUGUCUUUCUCUUUCUCUCUCUAUUCUUCUGUCUCUUUCUCUUUCUCUCUCUAUUCUUCUGUCUCUUUCUCUUUCUCUAUUCUUCUGUGUCUUUCUCUUUCUCUAUUCUUCUGUGUCUUUCUCUUUCUCUAUUCUUCUGUGUCUUUCUCUUUCUCUCUCUAUUCUUCUGUGUCUUUCUCUUUCACUUAUUUUCGUUUUCUGUCUCACUUUUACUCUCUUCAACUAUUUGUCUUUUACUCUCACUUUCGUUAUUUUCUCUCUUUCUGUCUCUAA